CAACCUUACGAACUUAAGUAGAAUUUUGUUAUAAAACAUGUUAUCUGGUAACACCAAUGGAACGUGUGACACAUAGAGAAAUUAAAUGUGGAAGGAUAUUAAGUGGAAAAAGAGAUUGAAAUCGAAAAUCAAAUCAGUCCAAGUGAAAAAAUUCCAUAAGGCGAAAGCAAAAGUUGGUAAAUAAGUUCUGAUUGGAUUAAAAUGUGGUAGUGAAAACAUUGACCGUGAAAUUAAACCAUUUGGAUUGUUCCGAAACAAAUAUAUAUGAAAAUAUCUUGGCAAAUCAAAGGUCGUGAUUAAUAAGUGUGCAAAUGCAAAGUGACAACAACAAAACUAAGGUUACAAUUGGUGCUUAAUUAGGUUUCGAGAGAUUCCCGAGACUUCGUUUCCAAUUAAAAAAGUGACGAACUAGUGAGCAACCGAGCGCAAAGCUACAUAGAGAAGUUAAAUUAAAAUUAAAUGCAUAUACAUACAUAUGUAUAUGCUGAUACAUCGUAAAACAACAAUAAAUAUACAGCAAAAAAUAUAUACAUACAUAUGUAGAAUAAAAAUAAAAAUAUAAAACGAAUAAAGUGGAAAUUAAGACAUACAAAAAGCCGCUAAACCCCAACAAAAAUAACGAAUUUUAAUAUUAAAUAAUUAAAAACAAUUACGAAUGUAUGAAAUUUGACCAAAUAACCUAUUGUUGGGUGUUUUGCGCAAGUGCUUAUGUGAUUUGAAAAUUGUCGCAGCAAUUUGAAAUUUUUAAAUAACAGUUAAUAAAAGUGCUUACACUUAUGCACAUUUAAAUAUCCUCAAUAAAAAAAUAAGCGAAUAACUCACGAGUUCAUCUUUAAAAAUUUAUUUUUAUAAGAAAACAACAUAAACAAUCAGUUUUUGAAAAUGAUAAUGUAAUAUCAAAACUUGGAAAUUUUUAAGGAAUGUGCGCAAAGACUCAUCACGAUGACUAGUCCAGAGAAUAGAAUAUUAAACCAUGAUAUUGCGCGUGAAGCCGGAAAUGAUGAACAUUUGCAUAUAACAUCGGGAACAAUUUCACUGGACUACAAGCCAAUGCAACCAAACGCAACCGAUUUAGAUCAACAGAUAUUGGAGCUGAAAAAGAAGCAGGAAUUACAAAAACAGAUGCUUCUCCAUACAUUUCAUGAACAGACGAAGGAGCUGGAAUUGCGACACAAAAUGCAGCUGGAGCAAAAGUACCAGUAUGCGGUGCAUUCACAUGGCGCUUUCCAGGAACUACGAGAACAAAGACUUUCCGCCGCCGCCGCCGCAGAGGAGCAGCAGCAGCGCGAACGGCGUGACCGUGAGGUAAUUAAGCGAAAGGAAAACUGCAGUGCCAAUGCCAGCCCCGAAGUCAAGCAAAUUUUAAAUAACUUUCUAAUUAACCGCAAACAGGCGGCCUCCUCCAAUGGCAUAACGACGACGUCACCUUACCGAAAUAGUAGAGGUGUAGUGAAAAGCUCGUCCGGCGAAUCUUUGCCAGCCGGUUCGUUGACAAGCGCACAUCCAUAUAAAAUACCGCAACCGCCAUCAUCGUUUCUGAAAUAUGAAUCUGACUUUCCACUUCGAAAAACAGCAUCCGAACCAAAUUUGCUGAAGCUACGUCUAAAGCAAAGCGUCAUUGAGCGCAAGCAGCGAAUCAGCGGUCCAGCUGUGCUACGUCGGCAUGAGCGCAUACUGCAGCGAAGACAGCAGAAGCAAAAUUCCGCUUUAACAAAUUGCAGCAGCACACCGGAUUCGGGGCCCAACUCACCACCCUCAUCCACGCUCUCCGCCGGUGUGGUGGGUAGUCGUGGUUCCCCGACUAGUGCACCGAUCCAAGAGGAGAACGAAGAGAGCGGACCUUAUCAGCCGGGCCAGCGUAGCAAUAUAAAUGAUCUCUCACUCUUCAGUUCACCAUCCAUGCCGAAUAUACCACUUGGCGGUCCACAUUUGGCCAGUCAUGCACAUGCUCAAGCUAAUGUCAGCAACUAUAAUAUGCUUGCUGCACUGCGGCAACAUGUACCCACAUUGGCGGCACCCACAUACUACAGUCCGUUGGCGAUACCAUUCGCACGCCAUCAACCACACCCGCCGCCACAGCCGCCAUCGCAUGCCGCAUCGAUAGCGGUCGCUGCAGCUGGUGUUAUGCCACCUACGCCAUCGCCAGUUGUUCGCUCGGCAUCGGCAACGUCCACCUCAUCGUCGCAAGCCCCCUUGGCCAGUGAUGUUUUACCACCUAUUGCGCAUGCUGCUUCAACACUUUUACCAGCCGGCAGCGCUGGUGCACACAAUCACAACGUGUUAGGCUCUGGUACAUUGCAUCCCGUCACACCAAUGGUUGGUGUUUCGCCUUCGAUGUAUGGUCAGCCCAUAACCGAUGCCCAAGUGGCUCAUGCCCACCUCAAUAAGCAAGGACACCGUCCACUGGGACGUACUCAGUCAGCUCCGCUACCGUUGGGUCAUCCAAUGUUAACCGGCACGGGUCAGAUUGGCGUAGGGCAGACGCAUUAUGAGAACAGUGAUGCGGAACAACAAGCGCAUAUGUUGGUUACACAAAAGAUACGGCAAACACUGAUCAAUCGUAGUAGUGCCAAUCGUGAACCCCAACUCAAGGAGGAAGAAGAUGCGGCUGAAGUGAUCGAUUUGACGGACAAAAAGAAGCCACCAAAGACCAUCAUUACAAGUAUUGUACCCACGAGUACUUCACAAAAUCUGCCAGAGACCACCAAUGUACCACUGGGCGCCUGCAUGCCCAAUACACCGAGUAAGUUGCGCGAUCAGGAGUACCUGCAACAACAAAGGGAGCUGUUGUAUAGACAAGCAUUGCAGAUGGAUGAUUCAAUCGCACGAGGCUUAAUACGCCCACUGUCGCGUACGUUAUCCAGUCCAUUGGUGCAUAUGGGUCCUAAUGGUAUUAGUCAGCUGCCAGACACCGGGCAAUAUGCUCCACCUAUCAUAACUUCCUCAUCAGCAGAUCAUAUACCGCCAGUUAAUCUCACAGUCCCUCAUCGGCGUCGAGUGCUCGAGCUUUCGCCAACUGGGAUGGCCGCAUCGAGUGCAUUCUCAUCCUUACCUGCCAUACAGCCGGCUAUUGCUGGUACAACCGGUGGCAAACUGAUAAAUGAGUUUCCUACGCACAAAACUACCACUGGUCUCGCUUAUGAUAAUCUGAUGCAGAAACAUGCCUGCACAUGUGGUGACAAUUCCGUACAUCCGGAGCACAGUGGUCGUUUGCAAAGUAUAUGGGCGCGCCUAAUUGAAACUGAUCUGGCCAAACGUUGCGAUCGUCUGCGUUCACGUAAAGCCACGCUAGAGGAGUUACAAACGGUACACACAGAAGCACACACAAUGCUCUUCGCUUCGAGUUCGUGCCAAUUGAAUAGGCAAAAGUUGGAUAGUCCGCCGGCGUUGGGCUUUGUACGCCUCUCCUGUGGUGGUUACGGUGUGGACUUGGAUACCACUUGGAAUAAGGAUCAUACUGCCGCCGCUGCACGCAUGGCUGCGGGUUGUGUUAUUGAUUUGGCUUUUAAAACGGCCAAAGGCGACAUUAAGAAUGGUUUUGCGGUUGUACGUCCACCUGGCCACCAUGCCGAAGCCAAUUUGGCUAUGGGUUUUUGCUUCUUUAAUUCUAUUGCGAUUGCCGCCAAAUUGCUGCGACAACGUGUGCCCGAAAUGAAGCGUGUGCUAAUCGUAGAUUGGGAUGUGCAUCAUGGCAAUGGUACACAACAGGCAUUCUACGAUAGCCCCGAUGUGCUGUACUUGUCCAUACACAGGCACGACGAUGGUAACUUUUUCCCCGGCACUGGUGGUUCCACUGAGUGCGGUAUUGGCGCCGGCGCUGGUUUUAAUGUAAACAUUUCCUGGUCAGGUUCUCUGGAUCCACCAUUGGGCGAUGCCGAAUAUAUUGCUGCAUUCCGUACAAUUGUGAUGCCGAUCGCAAAAUGUUUUAAUCCAGAUAUUAUUUUGGUGUCGGCUGGUUUCGACGCAGCUGCAGGUCAUCCUCCACCUUUAGGCGGUUACUUAGUAUCACCGGCUUGUUUUGGGUUCAUGACGCGUGAACUAAUGCAAUUGGCCGAUGGCAAAGUGGUGUUGGCGCUAGAGGGUGGCUACGACCUACCCGCUAUUUGUGAUUCUGCGCAGGAGUGCGUACGCGCGCUGCUUGGCGAUCCAUUAUCGGCGAUCGCAGAAAGUGAGCUGAAUAGGCCGCCUUGUCAGAAUGCGAUAGACACCCUGCAGAAAACGAUUGCCAUACAGUCACAACAUUGGCCAUGUGUACGCCGUUUAGCCCAUACCGUCGGUCUAUCUGCCCUUGAUGCAUUGAAAAUUGAACAUGACGAAUCGGAAACAAUUACGGCUAUGGCGGGACUCUCGAUGCAAUCGAUGAACAGAACUUUAUCACGUGAUGACUCUGAGGAGCCAAUGGAUCAAGAUGAAGCCAAAUAAUUUUAAACCGUGGAGCUCGAACGAUUUUUGACUUGAUUGAUUUGCACAGACGCACUUAAUGUUGCUAUUGUUGCAAUUUUUUAUUACAUAAUCCGCCGUUAAACGAUAUAUAUUUAUCAGCCAAGCGGACAUCGGAUGGGGUACACAGACGUGUGUAUUGUCUAUGGGAAGUGUAAGAUGCUGUUUCGGUUUCAAGAUUUUAUUAUCUAUUCCCACUUGACUCAUGAGCUGAGGUUAUGUUGAAACAAAAAACACAUGCCAACGCGCUGGAGGGAAGUCAGUCCGUUGCAGCAUUUAGUGUAGCCGUUGUAUUUGUUGGGCGUUUGAUAUUAAGUGGAGCAAACAACUCCCGCCCAAGUAAUUCGUUCAUUGCUAAGCCUAUGAAAGGGGGAAAACCGAAAGAACUAAAAACAAAAGCUUUUCUGGCAUAUAUGUAGUAGUAAAAUUGAAAAUGCGUAUAUGUAUAUUAGAUAUACGUUUAAAUAUAUUUGAAAUAUAAACACACAUGUAUGUAUGUAUGUAUCUAACUACAUAUGUACAACAUAUAACACUUUACAAAGUAUUUGUAUAUAUACAUAUAUUUAUAUUAAAUUAAUUUAUGUGUGAAAGUACAUAUAUGACAUAUGUAUGCUUUUUGAUAUUCAAUACUAAUAUGAUGUAAGAUCAGAGAAGAAUUUCUUAAAUGUUGAUUUAAUGUUAUAAGCUAAAAUUAGAAAAAGAAUUUUUAAUGUUAAUUGUAUGUAAGGUAUAUUGUAGUAGUUCAUUUUCAUUUAGCAAUAAUUUUUAUUUCUUUUUUAUCACACUUUAAGGGCAACAACAAAGAAAAAAAUAAUAUACAAUAUAUAUAUUUUUCUAAAGAAAACAUCUAUGUGAUAAAGAAAGAACGAAUGAAACGAGAGCCAAAUUCUUAAUGAAUCUAAUAAAUUAAAACAAUGAGUCCAAGCGCAAAUAUCAUUGACUAACCACCGCCUAUCACAGCAGACGAUAAAAUAACGCGCAUUUACAAUACAUAAAUCACUGCAAUUGGUCAAACCCACAGAUUUACCUAAAAACUCACUUUUAAUUUUAAACAUUUCAAAUGUGAAAUAAAAACUAUUUUUUAUUUUUAUUUUAUGUAUGUUAAUUAUUACUACCAAAACUGAAUAAAAUAACUAUACACUAUAUAGAUAAAAAUAAAUAUAUAUAUUAAUGUUAACUAUGUUGUUGCACGUUCAAUGCAAUUGGAUGUGUUCGCAUGCGCUAAUUGUAUGUUAUUAUUAUUAUAAUUACUAUUAUUAUAUGUAUAUGUAUUUAAAUGUAAUUAGACGUAAGUGAAGAUUUUUAAUAUACACAUACAUAUACGUGUGCUUAUGCGUGUAUGUAUACAAUAUGGAAUAUUGUAUGCAUAUAUAUAUAUACGUAUAUACAUAAUUGAACAUUGUUUUAUUGCAACCCAUGCUAUUUUUCACGCUUCAAAGGAGGAAAACUACUGCAACUGCGUACAUGAGCACAUAAAUUAGUUUGAACGAAAGUAAAAUGUGGUUUAUUACAAAUGAAAGUAGUAGAUGUUUCGUAAAAAGAAAAGCAAAUUAAAACGAUAACAGUUUUGGAGUUAGAAGCAAAUUUAUACAAAAUAAACAUUACAAGCUAACAAACAAGAAAAUAACAAGAAUAACAGAAAUAAAUUAGCGAUUUUAGAGCAUCGUUUAUAAUUGAUCAACAUUUUUUCAAAAUAUGCUGGUAUAUUUUUACCAAACUCAAAUAUUGUAGGAGCAAACUGAAUUUAAAAAAUACAAGAAAAAUUAAAAUUUAUUAAAAAAUACUAAAAUACAAUAUUUAUCAAUAUUUUUUAUGAAUUAUAUUUUUUAUUUUUAUUUAUUUUUUUUUCGUUUCUGUAUAUUUCGUUAUUUAAAUUUUUUUCGAGAUUUUCUUAUUAUUUUUUUUUUCUUGUUUAUUAUUGUUUAUUUUUAUAAUUUUUAAAAAUUAUUUUUGUGAAAAUUUGAAAGAACUUAUAACCUAUGAUACUAUUGGAGGUGAGAAUUUUGAGACGAAAAUUGAAAAUCAAAUUUUUAGUCAAAUCAGAAUUAAAAAUUUAUAAAAUAUUUGAAUAUUCCAAAGUUUUAUUAAAAAAUAAUGUGACUAUUUUUCAUAUCAAAAGCUGGAAUGAAAAGAUAUUACAAAAUUAUAAUUUUUUUUCAAUAUUUUUUUUAUUGUUUUUUUUUUUAUUUCUUAAAUUAUGUUUGUAAAAAUUGAAAAGAAUUUAUAAUUUCUGAUAAUGAUUGAGUUGAAGAGAAUUUUAAAACAAAAAAAUUUUGAGACAAAAUUUGAAAAUUAAAUUUUUUAUCUCCAGUAAGAAUAAAAUUUAUAAAAUACUUUAUAAUUCCAAAAAAAAGUUUUUUUUU